AGGAUCUAUCGAACGUUACCAUAGAAAAGCGAGCAUAUAGAACUGUGCGUAUCUCUGCCUUAAGGAGAAGGUCUAACGACGACGCCCUUUGGAGUUUCAUCGACAUUUUUUUCUCUUCGUGUUACUGGUCGUGCCGAAAGUAAACAUUCUUUUUCUCCAUAUCUUAGCCGUAGAAAAGCGACGACGCGUUAACGAAGAAACGCAAUUUGCUUUCGGUUCGCUUGCGCGUCUCGUACGCUCGACGAAAAGAGGUUAGAAAGGAAAUAUUACGUUACACGUGUUGACCAACACGUACACGUGUCUAUCAUACGAGUCAAAGAGAACCUUGAACAUGUUUUCUUUCGCUAUAAGAAGGAGAUUCUUUGGCCUCUGCAGCAAUGGAUUUUACCACAAACGCACGAAAUUCACGCCUGUCGCAAAGAUACCUUCGUUUGGAAUGACGAACACAAAGACCCAGAUGACGGCGCAUUUCAUGACAGAAGCAACCAACGCAUUAAACGAAAACGAAAUUCGCGAAUUGAUGAAUUUAUGGCCCCCUCUCCUUCACGAUGUUAUUAAUACAGAUUAUUACUCAGACGUACCUGAUGUCUCCAAGUGGUUGGUCAAGGCAUUGCAGUAUAAUGUUCUCAAGGGAAGGAAAAGGCGAGCAUUGACCUUGAUUCGUGCUUAUCAAAUGUUAAUACCUCAAGAAGAACUGACAAAUGAAAAUAUUCGCCUAGUGCGUAUACUAGGCUGGUGUAUGGAAUUGCUUCAAGGAUUUCUAUUGCUAAUAGACGAUAUUCAAGAUAAAUCUCAAAUACGAAGAAAUCAACCUUGUUGGUAUCUUCUUGAUGAUAUUGGUCUAGCAGCCAUUAACGAUGGACUUAUGAUAGAAAACACUAUUUAUCAAAUACUACGAUUUUAUUUCAGAGAAAAAGAAUAUUAUAUCGACUUAGUGGAGUUAUUUCAUGAAUAUAUCUUGAGGACGACAAUAGGACAAUGUUUAGAUCUAUUAUCGACCAAUUUUGGUAAGACAGCAAAUUUAGAUCUAUUUACUAUGGAUCGAUAUAAUUCAAUCAUCAAGCACAAAACGGCCUAUUAUGCUUUUGUGCUACCAGUUAAGAUAGCUAUGUAUAUAGUGAAUAUGAAAGAUCCAGAACUGCACAAACAAGUAGAAGCACUUUUAGUAGAGAUGGGCCACUUUUAUCAAAUUCAAGAUGAUUAUCUGGAUUGUUAUGGCGAUACAAAAGUUAUUGGUAAAAAUUCUACGGAUAUACAGGAGGGAAAAUGCACAUGGCUAAUAGUUUCUGCUUUGCAACGUGUCACUCCUGAACAAAGAAAAAUAUUAGAAGAAUGUUAUGGCUCUCAAGAUUUGGAAAAAAUCAGACGAGUGAAAAAUCUAUACAAUGAUUUAGAUUUGCCAAACGCUUAUUCCAUAUUUGAAAAGGAAACAUAUAAUCUGCUUAUGGCCCACAUACAACGACUAUCAAGCAGCUUACCACAGAAUGUCUUUUUUGAUUUAUUGGAAAAGAUAUAUCAUAGGAAAAGUUAAAUAUAUUUUUUAUAAUCAUUUAGUCACAGGGAUUAUUGCGUAAGAAAUUUAUCAACUUAAGUUACGAUAA